AACAGGAUGUGAGCCAAGCUGUUUUGGGGCGCGGCGGUGCGUUUACGGGCAUCGACCAUUUCUGCACGUCGUCGCAGUUACGCAGCGCUCCAAACAGCCGGGAUCAACCCUGAACAGCCCCUUUGACCCACAGCAGCAAUUUCCAAGUCGGAGAAAAAUACCGACAGCCGCCGCUGCACGGCAGCAUUUCAGCGCAGGCAGCACCCGUCUCAUGCGUGUUUCUCUCGGGUGAUGUGGUGUGUGCGUGGAGGGGGGGGGGGGAAAGUUGUGGACAUGUUUUCCUGGAAGUGCACGGUUCUGCGGAUACAGUGUGCAACAUUGUAACUACGCCGUUAAGAAGCCUCCCGCUGCCCUGCCGGGACUUUGGAGCGUCUUUCCGUGUUGCUGUCAAACCGCCUGAUCGCCAUAUUGUGCGAAGCGAAACUCGAUGGAAACUUGUCAGAGUUGUGACAUUCGCUGCGCACAAUCCCUCCAUGGAGCUGCGCGCAGUCGACUUUGAUCGAAACCAAAGGGACUCCAUGGAGCUGAUCGGGGGGUCGCCUGUGCACCAUUGAUCAGGUCUAGCUCCCUGAAGAUGUUGAGAAGAUUGGACAGCAGACCUCAGAUUUAAUUGCUGAAAGACGGCCGCAUGUUCCCCACCCUGCACUUUCCUUUGGGAUUUUAUGUUUCCUCCCAGAUACCUCUGUAUACACAAUUAAAGAAUUUCACGGCCGCCGGGAGCGGUAGCACACUAAAGUGGCCUGAACCAAGUUUUUGCACGCUCACAGAUUCAGGGGAAAAAAAAAAAACAACCAAAAAACAUUUUCCAAUCUUAGGAGACUGCUAUGAGUCUUCCUUCUCAGGUUAACACUGACAAGAGCAAGCAUCGGACUCCAGCCAUGAAAGAAGGAGUGCAGCACACGGGGGAGGUUUAUUAUGGUAUGGGACCUCCCGCUUUAAAGGCGAGCCACGGUGAAUCUGCGAGCAGCUCCGCCGUUUAUAACCCAGAGAAAGGCCACCAAAGCCUGCCGCACUAUCAGCAGCCUUCUUCUGUAAAAUGGAUGCAGGACUCCAUACAGGCCCCCGGGUGGACCCAGGAAGCUCCCGUGGCGGCCUGGGGCCAGAACUUUGGCACGUAUCAGAUGCCCUUCCAUAAAGGGGUCCACGAAGGUGUAGCGAUGCCGAUGGGAGCGGAGACCCAGCUGUCGGCGCCUGUGGAAGUUUACAGAGAUGCCUCCCAAGCUCAAACUCAGGGACGGGGCCACGAGUGGGAGCAGCACGCCGCUGUGAUGCAUCAGGCCCAGCUACAAGCCUAUCAGCAUGGCCACAAAGGUGUGGAUCUCCAGGCCCAACCCCACGUGCCUGGCCACACCAUGCAGGGCCCCAUUCUGCAGCCCUUCCAGGCCUCGUUCAGACCCAACAAGCAGCAGUUCUCGUCAGGUUAUUAUCCCGUUUUCCCGGCGAACAAAGGCAUGAUCUACGGGGAGCAGUCCAAAACCCAGCAGCAGCUUCUGCAUCAGAUGCAGCAGCAGCAAAUGCACCAUCACCACCAUCAACAGCAGCAGCAGCAGCACAUGCACCAGCAGCAGCAGCAUCAUCAUCAGCUGCAGCAACUGCAGCAACAGCAGCAGCAGCAGCAGCAAAUGCAGCAGCAGCAGAUCCAGCAGCAACAGCUGCAGCAGCAAAUCCAGCAACAGUAUCACCAGCAGCAGCUGCAGGAGCAGCAGCAGCUUCAGCAGAUGCAGCAGAUGCAGCAACAGAACGUCCCACAGCCAGAAACGACGCCGCCUCAGGUUCAACCAAAUCUGCAGCAGCAGACCCCAAACUUUGGAGCUUAUCCGCUCCCCGAGCCUCUUCCGCCUGACUCCGGGGCUAAAAAAGAGGACACGCAACCAAUGGAGCCGCAGCCAGAGGCCCAAGCUCGCGACGCAUCAGCAUUACCCGACGCGUGCGCUGAAAAGGUUGCUGCCACGGAUCCCUUAGAUUCUGCCGACUCAGCACCCGCGGCCCCUCGGCGCUCGCGCCGCCUCUCCAGAGAGGGACAGUCCCCGCUGGGUCCCCCUCCCGCAAACAUGUGGUCCCAAGUCUCCAAAGAGCCGGCGGCGCCGCCCCAGAACGGAGUGGCAGGCGUCACAGCUGCGAAGGGAGCGGAAGGCCAAGCAGCGACAGGAGGGGUCAUACAGACCGCCCGCAGGAGGAGGAGGGCCUCCAAAGAGAUCAACCUGGAGACUCUUGCUCAGAAGGCUUCGGAAAUGGAGUCCCUGCCCGCCAAAGCUGCCAAGGAGGACGCCCCCGCCACCAUAGUGCCCCUGGUGAUCCCGGUGUCCGUGCCCGUGCACAAGAACCAGGCAGAGGUUCAGGGCGGCUGGGCUCAGGGCCGCGUUACGCAGGGAGACCGCGCCGCGGGCCAGGCGGAUCGCAAGCCCUCCGUGAUUGUGGCUCGGCGCCGUUCCCUCAGAAACUCGGUGACCGAGAGCUUUGGCCAGGACGGGGAGAGCGAUUCGGGAAUGGAAGAAGACGGGAAGCCCAAGUCCAAGCGCCGGACUCGUCCCGAGCCCCUCAUCAUCCCUCCCCCCAAGCCCUCCACUUUCAUCCCCCCGUCGGUGUACUCCAGCAUCACCCCAUACCAGAGCAACCUGCGCUCCCCGGUCCGCCUGCCGGACCUGCACGCCCUGCCGCCGUACACCCCACCUCCCAUCCUGUCGCCCGUCCGCGGAGGAACCGGGCUCUACUUCUCCGCCUUCCUCACCAACAUCGCCGUGAGCAACCAGAUCCUGCCGCCUCCGGCUACUCCCAAGUCUGCAGCGCGUAGCCUGCUGCGUUCCACGAGUUCAGACAUCACACCUCCGGUCUUGCCGUUGAUCACCGAUGCCACGCCUGUGUGCCUUGAACCCCGUAUCAAUAUCGGCCCGCAGUACCAAGCGGAAAUACCCGAUUUGCAAGACCAGCUCUCCUCCCAGUCGGACCAGCAUAAGGCUGACUUGGUCUGGCUUCCUUUGAAUAACGGCGACCGAAAACAAGGCGAUGAGGAGACCAUGGAGCAUUUCAUGAGCCUGGCUUGUUCGAGCGUUUUUAGAGGAGGAGGAACCAAUCAGGAGCUGGUUUUACACAGUUUACACGAAUGCGGAGGCAAAAUCCUUGAAACACUGGAGCGUCUGAUGCUUCAAGACCCAGUUUUCCCCAGGGGCCAUCACCUGGCAGGUUAUCACUACUCAGGCUCUGACAGCUGGACGGCGGAGGAGAAGUGUUACUUCAACAAAGGGAUCUCUCUCUACAGGAAGGACUUCUUCCUGGUGCAGAAACUGGUGCGGACUAAGACCGUGGCUCAGUGCGUGGAGUUCUACUAUACGUAUAAGAAGCAGGUGAAGGUCGGUCGAAAUGGUAUCUUAACCUACGGCCCCCCAGAGUCACCCGUGGACAAGCACUCUGAGGCUGUGGUGGACAUUAAGAGCUCACAUCACCCAAAAUUAGCUCAAGGAGAGGCGGAAGAAGAAGAAAAAAAAGAAGCUUCUUCAUAUGACGACCACGAAAGCAAGCAGCAGGCGAGGGUGGCUCAGUCACUACAGGCUCAUGACUAUGUAACAGGGACGGUUCUGGUCAUCAAAGAGCCCGAUCCUGUCAGGAAGGAGGCUCAUCACUCAUCGGUGCCUCACAGGCCUCGGGCCGAAGCCGCCGCCAAGAAAGCCAAGGCUCCGCCGAAGCCCCCGCAGGACCCCAAUGAAGUGUUUCCGUGCAAGAAAUGUGGCAGGGUGUUUCAUAAAGUGAAGAGUCGGAGUGCCCACAUGAAAAGCCACGCUGAGCAGGAGAAGAAGGCUGCAGCUCUGCGGCUGAAAGAGGAGGAGGAGAAAGCAGCAGCUCAGGCUCGAGCCAGGAAGGUGGCGGCGGCUGCGGCCGCAGCAGCCGAAGCGGCGGCUCACCAGGGAGGAGACGGGGACACAGCGGCAGAGCAGGGGGAGGAGGUCAGCAGCCAGGAGGACUCAUCCGAAAGGGAGGACGACGACGAUGAAGACUGGCACUGAGUCUGAACAAAACAGGGCAAAGAACCUCAUGAGCAGGGGGUGGAAUAUUAUGCAACCAGCCUGCAGAGAUGAACAAAGAAAUGGAUAAAAGGGUAAAAAAAAAAAAAAGGGCCGCCUGUAAGGGGCAGAAUAAGCACAAAGGAGAUGGUUUUCGUGUCUUCCUGUUAAUCCUUUCACUGUUUUUAUUUUGUUUUUGUUUGUUUUUUGUACCGAAACUGUCUCUGGGCGUUUUUUCCGCUUCACACCGUCACACUCCACAUGCUCAAAAAUGUACCGUUUAAAUACGCAGAGGUUAUUGUUUCCUUUUGUAAAAUGCACGCACACAGUGCCUGCGCUUUUGCCAAUAUUGCCUUUUAUAUCUUUUAUUUAAUUGCAAAUACAUGAGAUUAUUUUACAUUUUCAUCGUAUGAACAAGACCAUGUGGAAACGAGAUCAGUUAAAUCUGUCCUUUAUUAGCCGAAGCCCUUUAGACAAAACUUCAAAGGGCUUGAAUGUAAAAACCGAAAUGGGCUCAAUUUAAAAGAAAAAAAAAAGAAUUCCAGGUUAUGUUUGUUCUACGCUUUAUUUUUAAAAUUUCUAUUAAUAGACCUUUUUGAAAUGAAAAUGUACAAAAAACUAAAUAUUUAUGAUACAGCAUUUGCAAUGAUCUUGGUAAUAUAAAAAUAAUCAUGUUGGCUUUAAUAUGGUAAAUUGAAAAAUAUAUAUUAAAAACUUUAUUGUUCUGAGGAGGGAA